AUGAAGCUGUUGGUGUCCUUGUUGUCCUUGUUGCUUUCUCUGCUGCAUUUUAGUGAUGGACAUAUUUGGGCUUGGAUGCUUUCAAUGCCCUAUAACAAACCUGGAGAUGCUGCUGGGCUUACCAGGACUGCUACAAUCAAGGGAUCCACAGUAAGUACUUCCAUCAAAUUACGCUUGCUCUCUUUUAGAUUCUUAAAUACCUGAAUGUGUUAUGAGUUCUUAUUCUGAUUCAUGAAUUUGUGAGAUUCUUAUAGUUUUCCUUUCAAGCCAUGAAAGUAGAUAUGUAUACAGUUGAUGAAAUGCAUUACAUAUAUCUGCUUUAGCUCAGCAUUGCAUGUUCAAGUCUAUGAGAAAAUUGUUAAUUUACAAGAGAUAAGUUUAUUGUUGGACACAGAUGCCAGCUGGACUGUGUUGAGGCUAACGUAUUUCACGAUGGUCAGGAAAUUAAAAAAAUAUUAUCAUUGGACAUUAGAAAGUCAAUUAUUGGACAAUAGACUAUAAAGUGCGCAUUUAAAAUUCUAGAAGUCAAAUAUGUUUCUGUUUUGGCUUACAUUUUGUGUAACUUUUUUGAAAUACUUUUCAGCAAAAACAAUUUCAGAUAAAAAUAUCAAGAAUAGAACAAGAGGAUAUUCCAGUCCCCAAAUCAGUUUAGUCUUAAUUUUAAAUUCACAAAAAAAUUCCAGUCAAUCAAAUUUAAUGAACUCUAAGAGGUAAAAAAUGCAAUCCUUGGGGUCCAUUUUCAUUUUUACUUGUGCAUCUAAGAAAACUCACCUGUUGUAGACUUCACAUUCACAGUACUGAAAACGUGUUUUUAUCCCCUAGUUAUGUUCUAGUGGGUGUGACAGUAUUCAUGAUAUUUUGUCUUCUAAUCUAAGAAUUUGUUGUUUUCAAUGACUGUGUUCAGGUCAAUGUCUAAUGCUGAAAAUAACAUGUAUUAUCAGAAGCACUAGCUCUGUAUACAUAACCCAAGGUUGUGAUAGAUAGAUAUAUAUAUAUAUAUAUAUAUAUAUAUAUAUAUAUAUAUAUAUAUAAUUGAGGAUAACUAUGCUUUUACAGGAGUAACAGAUUAUAAUACAUUGCUUGUCCAGUUGCCAACUUCUAUGUUCUGAUAAGUAGUUUGUUGUUCCAGAAAACCAAUAACUAGUGCAUUGUUGUCUCUGGAAUCUGCACUUUGUUUGCAUAGAGCAGGGGGUAAAACCACAAAUUAACACCUACUUGAGAUAACAUGUAUUUAACAGGUUAUCUCAGGUGAAAGGUUGCAGUUGAUAGCUUAACUAAACUGCAUCAUUUUUUUUUUAACAGAAAUGUUUUAUCUACUGUGAAAAUCAGAGAUUUAUUUUUAAACAGAAUGACUUGCUCCCUUUGAUAACAUUCAUUUGAAUCUUUCUGUAAAUACUAUAUUUAACCCCUUCUCUUAAGUGUUAUUGCGACCAUUCUUUGCUCAUUCCGAUCUUCUCUAUUCUAAUUCCCAGGUAACUUGUGACAAUGAUCGUGCAUGCGGACGGGGUCUGUUCUGUGACCGGCAUUUUGGGCUAUGUAUGGCACUUCGCCAUGAAGGACAGUUUUGUAGAAAAGAUUCUCAGUGUGUCCGUGGAUUGGGCUGUAUGUAUGGGAAGUGUCAACAGAUCAUACCAGAUGGACAUGAAGGUAAGGCAAUUUAUAUGUUGUGAUGUUUGUUCUAAAAUCUACGUCAUGGUUGAUUACAGUCCAUUACACCGCCUUAUUGUUUAGCAUCCAGUUUUUGUGUAUAUUAUAAUUCUAUAUGUUUGUGUAAUAUUAUCUACAUACAACUACAUUGUUCUAGCCUAAAAUUCUAGUUUUGAAUAUGAACUAUACAUUUUUUAACUUUGCUUCUCUACUAAAAGAAAAGAUUAAACAUGCAACUAAUAUGAGAAAAUUAUAUGCACUUUAAGAUACAUUUACUUUUAUCCUGAGCAGUGCACUUCCAUGGUGUGAAGCACCGUUUUCCAUAUGCUGACAUUUGCUCACUGUAACCUGGAGAGAGUAACUAGUUUGUAUCAGCCAAUUAAAAGAGAACCAUAAGUCAGCUAUAUUGAUUUGUACUACAGAGGCCCAGUCGUGUUGUUAAAGGUCGACUGUGCCUGACCCCUGUUCAGGAAUACCCAUUGGGUGGCCCUAAGUGCAUUAGACCCCUGAGCUUGUAGGACCCUAUGCAUUUGCACCAAUGGUAGUUCCACUUCUAGGUUUAAAUGUUUCUACUUGCAGUCACUAACACAACCACUAGACGCGCUUCCGCUGAAAUUGCAGAGUAAAACUCUGCAAUUUCUAUCUGGUUGGCAAAGUGCAGUAUUUUACCACGCAUACGCAGCAGCCUCACAAUUCUUUUCUUGAUGAUCUCAACCAAGAUGGCUAGACACCAAUGAGGGAGAAAUUAAAACUCCCCUUUUUUUUUUUCUUUUUUUUUACUCCCUACAUGUGGAGGUCAGGGACAUAAACGGCCAACAGCAGGGCACUGUAGUUUUAGGAAUACACAUUUGUACUCCUAACGCGAUAGUGAUUCUUUCAUUCUGUGGUAACAGCAGGGUUGCAUCAUAUACUGGCAACGUCCACUCCGUGCUAUAUCAGCUGGUAGUGAAUGUAACACAUCAUAUAUCUUUAAAAAUAUACACUUGUUAUAACUAUGUCAGGCAGCUCAUCCCCGCCUCCACUACUAGAACCUGAAGACCCUAAGCAGAGGCUUCCUUUAGCUCACCUAGGUGAAGCUUUACAGGACAGGGCUAGCUCAUCAGUCUCAGCCAAUGAGCUAAGUCCUGCACUAGAAAAAUCAUACAGAGAAGUGGAGAAAUUAAAAAAUGUUUUUAUUUAAAAUUCUAAUUUGCCAUGUUUUCACUGACUUUACCUUGUGUGAAUUAGUUGGUGAUGUGAUUUUUCAUUUUUUUAAUAUAAAAUUAAAAGAAAUUAGAGCAUCUCAUGAACAAAAUGUGAACAAAAGUUAGUGGUUAUUUUCAAUAUUUUAUUCAGUGGUGUAAAUUCCACAGGACUGAACGUUCCUCUUUAAAAUUAUAUAUAUAUAUAUAUAUAUAUACCCAAACCAUUAUAUAUAUAUAUAUAUAUAUAUAUAUAUAUAUAUAUAUGUAAAAUGAUACAUAUAUUAGUUGGAGUACUUACCGGUUAUCUCAUUAUGGCAAAUAUAUGAAUUGCUAAGAUAGUGUUUCAGACUGCAAAGAUGAGAAUUGGAGCCUCUAUUAAUAAAAAAAAUAUUUUCACAGGGUCUCGCUGUAAGCAGGAUAAGGACUGUGCCCCUUCUAUGUGCUGUGCCAGACAUCACGGAGAGAUGAUCUGCAAACGCAAGCUUCCUGCUGGGGACAGCUGUUUUGUUCCAGACGGUGGUCUAGCAUUCAGCAUGAACCAACUAUGCCCAUGUGAGGAAGGCCUGAUCUGCAGCUCCACAUUAAGAAAGCGAGAGUAAGUGUUCUCUGUUGACAUGACUAUAAACACAGAAAGGGUGGAGAACUGCCAUCCUCAACUGUAAUGGAUGUUCCAGGUGCCUGUUUACUCAGUGCCUUAGAAUACUUAUUGGCAUUGUUUUGUGUUUCUCACUAAUUCCUUUCUUUUGCAUGUUUUGUUCCACAGGAAAGAGUUUGUUUACAGUCACAGUUCAGACUGGAAGUGCAUGUCCCCUUCAUCGUGAACACCUCCCCAACUCCCCC